UUGCCAUUUUAUUUUCGGCUUUCGUUUCCAUUACAACAAGCCAAAUCCACUCCAAAAUUCUGUUUUUAUACUAUCCAAAUUAAACUAUUUUAAAUUAUUUCAUAAAUUAGAGCAUGGAAUACAGCGGCGUGCGGCUACCCGGAAUUUUUUGUCCGGAUGAAAGCAUUGAGCAGUUUGCAAGACUUUACGGAAGUGAUAAUUUUAGCAAAAUGAUGAUAAUGGCCACGACCAGUCCUCCGAGGACUGUGCAGGCCACAACUCAUUCGCCUCCAGGAAUGAUGGAGGGGAAUCCGUGCAGGUUUUAUGGGAAUGCAAAAACAGCACAUAAUCGAAAUUUAAAAGUUAAUCACCGAUAUACUACUAACCCUACCUGUCGGCACCCGAACAAUCUUUCCAGUAAUGUGCAGGCCCCAUCCUAUCCGCAACCGGGAAUUCAGCAUCGAUAUUUGAAAGGUAGUCCCCGGUUUGCUACAAACGCUUCUCAAGGAUCUGGGGCCAUGCAUAGAGGCUGUGGUGACCACUAUUGUCGUUCGGCAAAUUUGCAGAACUUUAAACCUGAAUAUCCUGUUAGACCCGAUAAAUCGGGAACCCAUAAUCCGAGCGAAAUGCACUGCAAUACUCAGGUCUAUCAGCAUCUGAAUUAUUAUUAUCCACCUCCACCUGGACCCAGAUUUCCCUGGCUUUAAAUCACUUUUUCCAGCCAAAUCUAUUUAAUAAUGAUAACUUCGCUAGUUUUUAUGUUUGGUUGUUAAAAAGUUUACCCGUUUCGUGUAAUUCUUUAUCGAAAUUAUUAUUUGGUAUCACAAUAUAGUGGUGACUGUCUAAAUUAUACCAAAAACUUAAACCAGUAAAUCAUUAAUGUAAAGAUAA